GAUGGGGCAUUCGCGCUUAGAGCAUAAGAAUAGAAGAUAAGAGAUAGCUGCAAUUAGCUUACAGGCCGACACUUCGAACGCGGCGGGAGGGGUUCUCGACAGCUGGGGAGGUGGCAACUGGUCAUGGCGUCGUUAUCUCCUUCAAUCCAUUCGUCGUGCAAUUUAAAAUCUGCAUUUCUUGGAGAGAUAAGUCGGAUACGUUUAUCAUGUCUUCCUGUCUCCAAGGAGGGGCUCCUAAUUAAGCCAGUGCAAUGCAAAGAAUCUAGGAUCGGAAAGAGGCCAAUUGAAGUGCCUUCUAGCGUGAAUAUCACAAUGGAAGGGCAGGAUGUAAGGGUUAAGGGACCAUUGGGUGAACUUUCUUUGACUUUACCUCGAGAAGUCAAACUGGAGCGACAGGAAUCUGGACAGUUAAGAAUGUUCAAAGCCUUGGAAACUAGAAGAGCAAAUCAGAUGCAUGGCCUUUUCAGAACCCUUACUGAUAACAUGGUGCUUGGCGUCUCAAAGGGAUUCGAGAAGAGAUUACAGUUGGUUGGCGUCGGUUAUCGAGCUGUGUUGGAAGGAAAAGAUCUGGUUCUGAAUUUAGGGUUUUCACAUCCAGUGCGAAUGGCGAUUCCAGAUGGGCUGCAAGUGAAGGUGGAAGAAAACACCAGAAUUGUGGUGAGUGGUUACGACAAAUCUUCCAUUGGCGAAUUUGCUGCCACCAUUCGGAGCUGGAGGCCGCCUGAGCCAUACAAGGGGAAGGGAGUCAGGUAUGCCGAUGAAGUCGUGAGAAGAAAAGAAGGAAAGGCUGGAAAAAAGAAGUAGAAAUCAGGUACCGUAUUGCGCGAUCACUAUCUCUGCAAUCUGCCAUUUUUUUUCCUUUUCAUGUUGUAAUUUACAUUGCCACGAAGCUUGCUGUUUAUUUUGAAAUGGAAGUGAAUUCAGGCCCUUCUCUUUU